AUUAGUAGCAUGUUCCCGUCUCUCUCUCAAAAACCAAACAAAACGACAACUCAGACGAACAAUGCUUAUUACUAGGAGUAUGUUGCUAUUGCAACUCGGAUAAUGAAACUCACAACCGAUUCAAGCGAUAUAACGAGUCGCUCCCCUCUAGGCAUCGAUCUCAAUGAGAUCCCCUCCACUUCGACCUCUUCUCCUCCAGAAAAUUCAUUGGAUGUGGUGCUGUCCUUUCACGAGAACCCAGACCCGGCGCCGGGAAUGGCUGCUGGGUUGCGGGCCGAGGGAUCGAUGUGCGGGGCAUGCGGAAAGCCGGAGGUGCGGGGUCAAGUGGUUGUUUGUGACGGUUGCGAGCGUGGUUUCCACCUAGGUUGCGCUGGAAGGCAAGCUAUUAAUUCGGCGGAAUGGCUAUGUGGAGAGUGCCUUAGUGGCGGCGUUAAGAGCAAACGUUGGCCAUUAGGUGUUAAACGGAUUUUGGACAUCAACGCUUCGCCACCAAGCGAUGCCGAGGAUGAAUUGCUUUCAAAUUUGAGGAAGCACACUCAGAGUCAGGGUGAUAAUUCUUUUGGUGCCCCCCCUCUCACAUAUUCAAAUCUUUUCUACACCGGGUAUGGAUUAUUGUCAGACGUAAUGCGUCCUAUGCAAACUGCAGAUACAAGUGCUGAGGGUGCAGGGAUGAGUUUCCCUCAAGGAAGCCUUAGAAGCAGGAAUAAUACAACCAUUAGAUUAUUGUCUCGCAAUCCUAGUGAGAUUUUCUUGCAGGGUCUCAGAGAAUUCAUUUCUGAAAGGCAUGGUGUUCUGGAAGAAGGUUGGAGUGUCGAAUUUAAACAUUCUAUCAGUAAUUAUGACCUCUAUGCAGUUUAUUGCUCUCCAGAUGGAAAGACUUUUCACUCGAUGUCUGAGGUUGCUUGCCAUCUUGGCCUGAUGCCUAAUCGUAAUUCAAUCGACACGGACUCAACAAGUUACGUGUCUCCCUCUCCGCAGGAAACUUUGCAUCUACCCAGAAAGAGCAAGUCCAAAAGAUGUUCACUUACCAAUGUUUUUUCUGAACAUAAAACAACUUUGGUGAGCGGCUACUGCAAGGAGCUUUUUUCCAAUGGUCAAAGUAUUGAAAUUAACAACGCUAACCUUGGUGAAGUUAGAGAAUCUGAGAUGCAAGGAGAUGGCAUAUCUGAUUUCCAGCCAUCUAAUGAAGGACUUCCUGUCCAGUUUGAAGACUUCUUUGUUCUUUCUUUGGGAAAAAUCGAUGUGAGACCUACAUAUCAUAAUGCUAGCCUGAUUUGGCCUGUAGGUUAUAGAUCCUGUUGGCAUGAUAAGAUUACUGGAUCCAUUUUUUUGUGUGAAGUGUCAGAUGGCGGUGAUUCUGGACCUGUUUUCAAGGUUAGGAGGGUCUCAUGCUCAUUGUUGCCUGUUCCUCAGGGGCUAACUGUUCUAUGUAGGACAAACUUUGGCCAGUAUAGUAGUCACAAUAACCAAGAUUGUCAUCAUAUGAUUUUCCACAAUAUCGAUUGCGAAAGUGAUGACAAUAUUGAGUUGAUUCUUGCAGACCCUGCCCCGCCAUCAUAUGAUGAUGUUCUAACCUGUCUUCAGGGCAGUUCAAAUAGAACAUCGGAGAUUAUGCAAACUAGCUCCUUUGAUAGCAGGUCUGAAAACUUUUUGUUCAGUGAUAAAGUAUUAGGAGAGGAGAUUGGUGAGAUUUCAGUGGAAGAGCGUUCCUCAACUUCAGCAUGGACAGUGAUAUCUCAGAAAUUAGUGGAUGCUUACUCUGAAAUACAUAGACAGCGAGGUACUCUUAAGGUCUCCUGCAACCAUGCAGAUAAUGAAAUGGGUUCACCAGGCUUGUAUACCAAGAAUGAAAAUAGCAAUGCAAGUUCUGCCUCAUUAGCCAAAUUUUGCAGCUGUCCCAACUUUGUUGGAAUCCCAUUGGAAUGCCAGGGUGAACUUGAGGCUUUCUCUUCUACAUUAUCAGAAUGGCUGGAUCAGGAUAGAUUUGGGUUGGACACAGAAUUUGUUCAAGAAAUGAUAGAACAGCUCCCUGGUGCAAAAGCCUGUUUGAAGUAUGAAUUUCUGAUUAAUAGGGGUCAUUAUUCUGUGUCUCCAACUGUUGGAAAUGGAUUCUUAAUGGCUAAAAGAAAAAGUAGAUCAGAAUCAGAUGCUUUAUUUCAAAGAUCCAAAAAAGCCAGGUUGGCUAAAGAGAUUUUGGGGGAUUAUCAAUAUCCUGCUGGGAGGCCUUUGUGUUCCAGGCUCCCUCCUGUACUUGUUGGUGACUUUUAUCAGGUAUUGGAGUUAUUGUGGCGCUUCCAUGAAAUAUUGGGUUUGAAAGAGCCUCUUUCCUUAGAGGAACUUGAAGAAGAACUUAUCAAUCCAUGGUCUAAUCUUUCUCAUCUUCUAAAGAAUCUUGAGAACAAGGUCCAUGGUAGUGAAGCCAUAGAUUUUUAUGAAGCAGAUAGUAUGAGUGGACUAAACUCAUUUUUACCUGAUAAAUCUGGCAUGACAGUUUGUGAGGGUAAUUCACAUGCAUGUGUUAAUGAUGAAGGAUGUAGGAUGGGAGUGAAGGAUGGAGGCCAAGCUACAGUUGCAUCUGUUACCCACAUCAGUCGCAGUGGUGUAGCUUCGACUAAUGCACAUUGCUCGUUGUUAGGUAUGCUAAUAAGUGAGCUACAAUGCAAGAUUGCUCCACUAGUAGAUCCAAAUUUUGAUUCUGGGGAGACAAAAUCAAAACGGGGAAGGAGGAAAGACGCAGAUAGCUCAGCUCCAACAAGAAGAAAUAACCUCAAUAUGCUCCCUAUUAAUGAAUUGACUUGGCCAGAAUUAGCCAGGAGAUACAUCUUAGCAGUCUUAACUAUGGAUGGUAAUCUUGAAUCUGCUGAGAUUACUGGUCGUGAAAUGGGCAGAGUGUUUCGCUGCAUACAAGGUGAUGGUGGGGUGCUUUGUGGCGCUCUUACUGGAGUUGCAGGCAUGGAAGCAGAUGCACUUUUUCUUGCAGAGGACAAAAAAGUUUUUGGUUCUUUGAGCAGAAAAAAGGAUUUUCUUAGCAUAGAGGAUGAAACAGCUGAUACAAGUUGUGAUCAUGAAAAUAAUAACAUGAAAGAUGGUAACAUCCCAGAGUGGGCACAGGUGCUGGAACCUGUUAGAAAGCUACCCACUAAUGUAGGAGCUAGAAUCAGAAAGUGUGUUUACGAUGCUCUGGAGAAAUGUCCACCAGAAUGGGCAAAAACAAGAUUGGAACAUUCAAUUAGUAAGGAAGUGUACAAGGGCAAUGCAUCAGGACCUACAAAGAAAGCUGUGCUUUCAGUGCUAGCAGAUGUAUUAACUGGAGUCCAGCAAAAAGCGGUCAAGACAAAUAAAAAGAAAAUAUCUAUACCUAUUUCUGACAUUAUAAUGAAACAAUGUCGUAUUGUAUUGCGGGAAGCUGCUGCCGCGGAUGAUGCAAAGGUUUUUUGCACCUUGCUGGGAAGAAAUCUCAGAAAUUCUUGCGACACUGAUGAUGAGGGGCUUCUUGGAUCUCCAGCUAUGGUUUCUCGUCCUCUGGAUUUUAGGACUAUUGAUUUGAGAUUAGCAGCUGGAGCCUAUGGUGGUUCACAUGAAUCUUUUCUUGAAGAUGUUCGAGAGUUAUGGAGCCAUGUACGCAUGGCAUUCAGGGAACAGGGUGAUUUGGUUGAAUUAGCCGAGACACUUUCCCAAAACUUUGAAUCAUUGUUUGAAAAGGAGGUGGUCACCCUUGUUAAGAAAUUUGAGGGUUAUGCUAAAUUGGAUCACAUAAGUGCAGAAAUAAAGAAAGAAUUAGAUGAUUUUCUUGCUUCAAUACACGAGGUUCCAAAAGCUCCUUGGGAUGAAGGGGUCUGCAAAGUAUGUGGUGUUGAUAAAGAUGAUAACAGUGUGCUGUUAUGUGAUACUUGUGAUGCCGAGUAUCAUACUUAUUGCUUGAAUCCUCCACUUGCAAGGAUUCCUGAAGGGAACUGGUAUUGUCCAUCUUGUGUUGUCAGCAAACAUGUGGUUCAGGAGGCAUCAGGAAUUUCACAGGUUAUUGGGAUAGUCCACUGUAAAAAGUAUCAGGGAGAAAUUACCCAUGUUUACUUGGAGAAACUCUCACAUUUAUCCGUUACAAUGAAAGAAAAAGAGUAUUGGGAGUUUAGUGUUGAUGAGAGAAUCUACUUGCUAAAGUUUCUAUGUGAUGAGCUGCUAAACUCAGGUCUUAUUCGUCAAAACCUUGAACAGUGCGCAGAAACAACAAAUGAGUUGCAGCAGAAAUUGCGUGCAUUCUCUAUGGAAUGGAAAACCAUGAAAUCAAAAGAAGAAUUUUUGGCUUCCAGAGCUGCAGAUAUGGAUGGUAGUGCAGUUGGUGAAGUUGGUUUAAAGGAAGCCCUUGCUUCUGCAAUUCCAAACCAGCCCAAGCAGGCGGGACAACAACCUGAUGUGAGUGAUGGACCUAGCCACUGUAGCUCCUUUGGUCAUGAUGUGCCAGCACUAAAUGGUGGCCAAGAUGGGACUAGGAUUAAUGGAUUCGAUAAAUACCCUUCUGUAUCAAGUUCUGGGAAAAACCAUAGUUGUAACAGCCAAACUGUGAAUCAUACAGAUACUAAAGAGCAAGUAAAUGAUCCCCUUGCUGUUGUGGAUGGCAGUAAAUUACCUUCUCGAGAAAAUGAAAAAUCAUCCGGACCAAAUAAUUUGUCUCAAAUAAUUGGUGACAUGGAUGAAAUUCAAUUCCAGGGUAACCUGCAAGGAUAUGCUGGAAGAGGCACUUCUCUUCUGCCACCACCAGAUGUAGGAUUCGGCACCGCAUUAGAAGAGAACAGUCGCGUGAGUCAGCAUGUGCCUCCUGUUGCUAUCAAUGAAUCAGAAGGCUUCAAUCUUGAGUUGAGUGCCGUUAAGAAUGAUCUUCUUCAUCUGCAGAACUCAAUUAGCAGGAUACAAUCACAACUUUUGAAACUAUCUGUGCGGAGGGAGUUCUUGGGUUCCGAUUCCAGAGGUCGCUUGUACUGGGCUUCAACUGGACGAGGUAGUGAUCAACGAGUUAUUGUUGAUGGAAGUUUGACAUUGCAGCAAAGGAAUUCAGAUCAGUUUGGCACUCGUUUAAAUCUGGAAGAGCAAAAAACUUUCUUUCCAUUCCAAUGUACUUCAAAUAAUGUUCUGGCUAUGUGCUCGCCAUGUGUUUCUUAUGAAACUGAGGAGGAAAUUGAACAACUCAUUAGUUGGUUGAAGGAUGAUGUACAAAAGGAACGAGAGCUGAAAGAGUCCAUUUCACAGUGUCUGAAGCAAAGAUUUCAAGAGACUCGACAAGCUAGAGACUUGGUUCAAGAAGAGCAUCAAGCUUUGUCAGUGAUCACAAACAACAACAACACUGCAUUUGCUAAUUAUCUUGUUACCAAGGCUGCGAUGUUUCUGGAGAAGAAGUAUGGUCCCUUGGUGGAGUUACACACCAGUGACAAGCUGGUCAAAAGGGCAAGAGUGACUGGCGAGGGGAAAAUGUACCGUUGUGAUUGCUUAGAGCCCAUUUUACCUUCCAGACACCACUGCCUCUCUUGCCACCGAACUUUCUCUGAUGAUAUUGAAUUCAAUGAGCAUAAUGGCGGUAGGUGCAAUUUAAUUACACCAGCCAAUGCAAAGAGUGAAUAUAUCAGUGGUUUUGUAAAAGUAAAGGGGAAUAUGAAAUCCCAGACCACCCAAAAGGUACCUAUCAGUGAAAUGGACGUGGUUGAAACUUCUAGAAGUGGUUCCUCUGGGCUUGGGUCGAGGUUAAUUAAAUCUCAAAAUGAAGGGAUAUGCCCCUAUGACUUCAGUGAAAUCAGUUCCAAGUUUGUGACAGAAGAUUCCAACAAGGAAUUGGUACAUAAAAUAGGUCUUAUUGGUUCAAAUGGGGUUCCUUCAUUUAUCACAUCUCUUUCAUCUGAUCUCAAUCAUUCCAUGUCAAUGCUGAUUUGUCAUGGAGAAAAUAAUGGUGUUGUUGGUGAUGAGUUGAGUAUUGAUGGAAGGAUGGUUGUUUCAAAAGGAAAAAAGAGCGAAAGCAGUGCAGCCCUUGAUAAUAUUUAUGAUAAUUCUUCAUGGAAAUCUGUUGCAAAUGAAAUUAGCAAAGUAUCAAAAACCGAGAAGCCGCCUCCAGGACAUGUGGAACAUAGAAAAAAGAAAUCUUCUUCAAAUAAACAUUUUCCUGAAAUAGGGGCUGGUUUCUGCUGUGUAGUUCCUCGGUCAUCCUUGAGGCCCUUAGCUGGAAACGUUUUGCAUAUUUUAAGGCGACUAAAGAUCAAUUUGCUUGAUAUGGAAGCGGCCCUUCCUGAAGAAGCACUUAAACCCUCAAAAGUGCAUUUGGAUAGAAGAUUGGCUUGGCGUGUGUAUGUUAAAUCUGCAGGAUCAAUCUAUGAGAUGAUCCAAGCAACAAUUAUAUUGGAGGAGAUGAUUAAGACAGAUUAUUUGCGGAAUGAGUGGUGGUACUGGUCAUCGUUUUCUGCUGCUGCCAAGACUUCGACAAUUGCUUCCCUAGCUCUACGAAUAUAUUCCCUUGAUGCUGUGAUUGUGUACGAGAAGGCCACGCCGAACUUAGAUUCAACCAACAGUUUGAAGCCUGUGGGUAUGCUGGAUAAGAAGCCAUUGCCUGGUUUGGAUCUAACAGACAAAAGCAAAGUAAGCAGGAAGUCUAACAAGAAAAGGAAGGAACCAGAAUGAUGAUGAGGGAAUCCAGGCUUGCUCGGGUACCUAGCAUACGGAAGAAAAGCCUGGGGUGAGACAGGGAAGGAGAAAGUGGGGUAGACUGUCGAUGAGGUGUAAAAUAAAAUCUGUUUCUUUCCUUUUUCUUUGAAAUUCAAAAUACUCCAAGAAACUAAUCCACACAAAAAUCAAUGUAUCAUUCACAAAAAAGAAAAAAAAAAGAAAUUGAAAGAGUCAGAGUAGGAAGAUGGGUAAUGAUAUCUCUAUUUUAUAGUGGUUCUACCAUCAAUCAUCUACACACACUUUCGAAGCUGUAGGUUUGAUCAUUCUAAUUCACCAAUUUGUUUUCGUUCAA